UUUAUCUAAAAAGUGUAUAUAAACAUAGAUAGAAUUUUUUGUUUGCUCUCAACUACUGUUGAUUAUGGCCACGGAGUCAAUAUAAUCAUUUGCGAGCUAAUUGCAUUGGACACACAGUUGCGUCCCCCUAGAAAAUGAGAAUUAAUUAAUUUAUUACACAAUACUGACGCAAACAAAACGAGAAACAGCAGAACGCAUUUAAAUCCAACUGACAUUGGAAAAGUAAUUAAUUUAAGCCGGGAUAAGUAAAUUGCAAUGAAGCGAAAAUUCCCCCAAAGAUGCAUUGCAGCUCGUAAAUAAACCAAAGGUCGAAACCAAAAACAAAACAACUUCUAGUCGCUUCUUUUGGGAAUAUAUAUUGUAUUCUCAUUAGGGAACGAAACCAAAGGAAACCAAAAACAUCAAACUUUUGUGCCAUGGCCACGAACCUAAUCGAGGAGGAAACGCGCUUCGACUUUUUGCCUGGAGCCGAGGAGGAAGCGGAAUUUGAACGUUUGUAUGCUGCACCCGCUGAGAUUGUGGCCCUGCUGUCCAUCUUUUAUGGUGGCAUCAGCAUUGUCGCUGUCAUUGGCAAUACGCUGGUCAUUUGGGUGGUGGCCACCACCAGACAGAUGCGUACUGUUACCAAUAUGUAUAUCGCCAAUUUGGCCUUUGCUGAUGUGAUCAUUGGCCUGUUCUGCAUACCAUUUCAGUUCCAGGCUGCCCUGCUGCAGAGUUGGAAUCUGCCAUGGUUUAUGUGCAGCUUUUGUCCCUUUGUCCAGGCACUCAGUGUCAAUGUCUCUGUAUUCACAUUGACCGCCAUUGCCAUUGAUCGGCAUCGGGCCAUCAUUAAUCCACUUAGGGCACGUCCCACCAAGUUCAUAUCGAAGUUCAUAAUUGGCGGAAUCUGGCUGCUGGCUUUACUCUUUGCCGUGCCCUUUGCCAUUGCCUUUCGGGUGGAGGAGUUGACCGAGAGAUUUCGUGAGAACAAUGAGACCUACAAUGUGACGCGACCGUUCUGCAUGAACAAGAACCUAUCGGAUGAUCAAUUGCAAACGUUUCGAUAUACAUUGGUCUUUGUGCAGUAUCUGGUUCCCUUUUGUGUCAUCAGUUUUGUCUAUAUACAGAUGGCAGUGCGCCUCUGGGGCACUCGUGCACCGGGCAAUGCCCAGGAUUCACGGGACAUAACUUUGUUGAAAAACAAGAAGAAGGUCAUAAAAAUGCUGAUUAUCGUGGUCAUUAUCUUUGGCCUAUGCUGGCUGCCACUGCAGCUCUAUAAUAUUCUGUAUGUGACGAUUCCGGAAAUCAACGACUACCAUUUCAUCAGCAUCGUCUGGUUCUGCUGCGACUGGCUGGCCAUGAGCAAUAGCUGCUACAAUCCCUUUAUUUAUGGCAUCUACAACGAAAAGUUCAAGAGAGAAUUUAAUAAACGCUUCGCUGCCUGUUUCUGCAAGUUUCAAACGAGUCUGGAUGCCCAUGAAAGGACUUUUUCGAUGCACACACGUGCCAGCUCGAUAAGGUCGACCUAUGCCAACUCCUCGAUGCGUAUACGAAGUAAUCUCUUUGGAGCAACCCGUGGAAGCGGACUCAAUGGUGGCAAGACGAUUCUGCAUUUGCCACGGGUAAAUGGAAGCACCGGCGGUGGCGGGAUUUACAACGGUCAGAACAACAACGGCCAUGGUCAUCAUCAUCAUCAGAAUCACAAUCACCACCAGAGUGUGGUUACCUUUGCCGCUCCGGGCUCCUGUGUGGCUGUUGGAGGCGUAGGCCACACGGGCGUUUCGAUGCCACCUUGGCGACGCAACAACUUUAAGCCCCUGCACCCGAAUGUCAUCGAAUGUGAGGACGAUAUGGCUCUAAUGGAGCUGCCAUCGACGACACCGCCCAGCGAGGAGAUGGCCAGUACCACAGGUGUACAGUUGGCUCUGCUCAGCAGGGAGAACUCCAGCUGUAUUUGUGAGCAGGAGUUUGGCAGUCAAACGGAGUGCGAUGGCACCUGUAUACUCAGCGAGGUGUCGCGUGUCCAUCUACCAGGAGGAGUGCAGGUCAACAAGGACAAGGAGCGGACCGGGGAGGUGGGCAAGUCCCUGUGGCAACCGCUCUAAGUUAAUUUAGAGUAAUUUAAGUUCCGUAACCAUGUUCCGCGGACACAUUCUCGCUGUUGUAAAUACGUAAGACACUUGACAACCAUUAGGUGUGUAUUUUUCCACGGUAAAAACUUGGUGGAAAUAUUGAUUUUCUUGUAAGGACUUAAAUGUUUUUGUGGAACACCAUUUCCACAGAAACAUUCAGAACCAUUUAAUUUAUGAAUUCUCAUUAAAAUGGGGGUGUGUCUCUGGAAUAUGGUUAUUAGCUCUGUGAUUUCGUCUUAAUGAAUUGUGAUUACAAAUCCCUCUGCAGAAUGGUUUGUAUUGAUUGAGUGUGAAUGCUGGUCGUGAGCCAUGUACAGUAUUAUAAUUAAUUGUGAGUUUCAAUUACAAUCUUUAAAUG